AUGCCGCCCUGGCUGCUGAGCAGCCUUUGCUGCGUGCUGGCGGCACUGGCAGCGCUGGGCGCCGGCUCCGCGGGCGCGGAGGUUGCGGAGGAAGAGAAGCUAAUCCGGGUGCUGGUGCUGCUGCCGCAGGACGACGCCUACCUCUUCUCGCUGGGGCGGGUGCGACCGGCCAUCGAGUACGCGGUGCGGAGCCUGCGGGAGAGCGGCGGCGGGGGCUUGCCGCCCGGCUACGCCUUCCAGCUCACCUACGAGGACUCGGCGUGCGGCAACCGCGCCCUCUUCAGCCUGGUGGACAUGGUGGCCCUGCACGGCCGCCGCCCCGACCUGCUGCUGGGGCCCGUCUGCGAGUACGCGGCGGCGCCAGUAGCGCGGCUGGCGGCCCACUGGAACGUGCCCAUGCUGUCGGCCGGGGCUCUGGCCGCCGGCUUCGGCGCCAAAGGCGGCGAGUACUCGCAUCUCACCCGCGUCGCCCCCGCUUACGCCAAGAUGGGCGAGAUGCUGCUGGCCCUCUUCCGCCACCACCAGUGGAACCGGGCUACGCUGCUCUACAGCGACAGCAAUCCCGAGCGCAGUUGCUACUUCGCCAUGGAAGGCGUCCAUGUGGUCUUCCAGGAGGAGGCCUUCCACAUGGCCGUGCACAGCUUCGACGAGAGCAGCCGACACCUCGACCUCGACGACAUCGUCCGCACCCUCCAGACCGGCGAAAGGGUUGUAAUCAUGUGUGCCAGAGGUGACACAAUCAGGAGUAUUAUGUUGGCUGCUCAUCGGCAAGGAAUGACCAAUGGGGACUAUGCUUUCUUCAAUAUUGAACUCUUCAACAGCUCAUCAUAUGGAAAUGGCUCUUGGAGAAGAGGUGACAAACAUGACCUUGAAGCUAAGAAGGCAUACUCAUACCUGCAGACCAUCACUCUGCUGAGGACCGUGAAGCCUGAGUUUGAGAAGUUUUCCCUGGAGGUGAAAAGUUCUGUUCAGAAGCAAGGUCUGCAUGAGGAUGACUACGUGAACAUGUUUGUGGAAGGAUUCCAUGAUGCUAUUCUUCUUUAUGCUCUAGCUUUACAGGAAGUCCUGAAGUUUGGUUUCACUAAGAGAGAUGGGGAAAAAAUUGUUCAGCAAACACGGAACAGAACAUAUGAAGGCAUUGCAGGACAGGUGUCCAUUGAUGCCAAUGGAGACAGAUAUGGGGAUUUCUCUGUGAUUGGAAUGACAGACCCAGAGGCAGGUACUCAGGAGGUGAUCGGGGAUUACUAUGGAAAGCAGGGGCGUUUUGAAGUCCGAUCAAAUGUGAAAUAUCCUUGGAAUCAUGGCAGGCUGCGACUCGAUGAAAGCCGAGUUUCAGAGCACUCAAAUAAUACACCGUGUAAAUCAUCAGGUGGUCUAGGAGAAUCAGCAGUUACAGGAAUAGUUGUGGGCGCCUUGCUUGGAGCAGGAUUAUUAAUGGCUUUUUACUUUUUCAGAAAGAAAUACAGAAUAACUAUUGAGAGACGAACUCGACAGGAAGACUGUAACAUGGGAAAACAUCGGCAGUUACGUGAAGACUCCAUUAGAUCUCAUUUUUCUGCUGCAUAAAACAGAAGAAAAAGAAUCCCAUUCUUCCAAGGGAUAAAAAGAAGUGGGGUAAAGGACACAACCAAAGACAUCAGUGUAAAAAGAAGAAGCUCUUGAAGAAGUCACUCUUUUAAGCAGUAAUUCUGUCCUAAUUUCUUUCAGAAGCUCAGGAAUGAUUUACUAAUCAUGUUGUGACAGAUGGCCUUUCAUCUCAUGAGAAAAGAAAAUGAUGCAGUUUGAUGUUAUAAGAUUUACUUAAUAUGUAAAGACAGUAUUUCUUAAGGUAUAUAUUGA